UAGAGGUCAGGUGAUGACGUUGUGGACGAAGAUGAUGAUGAUGAUGAUGACACGUUGGCGUGGGCGUGAGCUCGAGACGAGAAGGCUUGCGCACACAUGACCUAGGAGUCAUGGCGAAAGCAACCUCAAUCAUUCCCAUUUUUAAUUCACCGAUUGCUUUUUUUUAAUUACCUGUGGACAAGAUCAUGACGUCAGACACCAGAUAGUCACCGGUCUCGUGCAAGAUGCAUGGGGAUUCACCACAAGACACCCAGGAAGCGUCUGAGGAAGACCGCUUCCUCUCAACGUCUUCCACGAGCAACCAAAUAUCCAAACAGGAGUUCUCCUGCCAUUGCUGCUACGACGUCCUGGUGAACCCCACCACUUUGACCUGCGGCCAUAACUUUUGCCGCCACUGUCUGGCCCUGUGGUGGAAGUCCUCUCACAAGAACGAGUGUCCCGAGUGCCGGGAGAGGUGGGAAGGCUUUCCCAAAGUCAAUAUACUGCUGAGAGAGGCAACAGACAAGUUAUUUAGCGAAGUUGUACAGCAAAGGCAAGCAGAGAUCCAAGCGAACACCAAAAUCUCUCAAAGCUUACAAGCUUUCCAGAGGUAUGGUAACAAUUUGGGUAAAUUUAAGCCCAAACAGCACAAAGCAAUCGGUUUCUUCCUCUCCGGAGUCUUUGCUGCUCUUUCAUGUGUGGCGGUAUUGUUGCUGUUGUAUCAGUGGAGCAGCAGUGGUGAGGCGACAACGCAGCAAGAACCGGACCUGUUGGUCAGUAAGCCCGUAUCGCAAUGGACGCCAGCGGAAGUUGUCUUCUGGCUGGAAAACCUGGGACCCUGGGCCAAUCUGUACAGAGAGCCUUUCCUGCAGGAGAGUGUCAAUGGCAGAUUAUUAUUGAUGAUGGAGGAAGAAGAGCUGCGAAAGCCGCCUUAUAGCAUCCAAAAUCAGGCUCACCGACGCACCGUCCUGACAGAGCUCUACAGAGUCAAGUCUCAGGGACUCAGCUCUCCUCAGAACCUGUGGGAAUACAAGGCAGCUAACUCAGGGAAGUCUCUGUUCCUGCUCUAUGCAAUGAAGAGCUCACCACGCCUCACUCUCCUCUACUUGUAUUUAUUCGACUACUCCGAAACCUUCCUGCCCUUUCUACACACCUGCUGCCCUCCCACCAGCCUUGCCAGUCAGCCGAUGGAGACCCACUUCUUUAAGUCCUGGACGGAACCCUGCUGGGAACAGUGGACCACGUUCAUGGUCAAGUACUUCCUGCUUCCGUACCAGCUGAUCGCAGAGUUCGCUUGGGACUGGCUGUCCGUCCACUACUGGACCUCUCUGUUUGUCAUCGUCAACGCCGUGCUGCUGUCUGUGUUGGAAGCCUGCUUGCUGUGGAACCUCAGGACAGCUAGGCUCAGGACACUUCCGAGCAUGAUGGGGAACCACUUGUGGACGAUGCUAUCUCAGGGACUGGCCUUUGCCCUCAUGUGGCCCUUAGUGCCUCAGUUGGUGUGCAACUGCCUCUUCUACUGGGCUCUCUUUAUAAGCCCGAUCAUGAACGUUGACCGGGUGGUGCAGCAGCUCACACACCCAGAAACCGCAGCGCUGUAGCAAAGAGCUAAUGGGUUUAAAUUGCUGAAUUAUGUUGUUUUCUCAGCAGCAGCUCGUUCACUUGCUGCAGGACGUUAUUUUUUAUUCCUGACCGUCAGCUGGAACAAAAAGGACUUGGAACAAGGUGUUUGGGGACUAGUUUGGAAACUAUGUUGCCGAAAUAAAGCCAGGGAGCACUUUUGACGCUUGUGUUUGACAUGCUCAUGGUUGGCAAAGUGUGGUUUCUCCAAGCAGGUGUUCAGGUGAUAGUUGUGAUGUCUUCAAGAGGAACAAAUGUGUUCAAAUAUUUUCUACAUUUAUUUUUUACCUUUUUUAGGGCGUUCACUGUGCCUCCACAGUUCAAUUCACCUAUUCUAAUUUGGUCUUCCAUGCAAAUAUCAGCAAUAUUCUUUAAACAUUGUUUAAACCAUCCUCAUUUGGUUUUGAAGCAAUGCAUGGUUUUAUUAAAGUUUUUCUGUGGCAAAUUUUUUUUUUUUUUUUAAUUUGCACUUAAAUGUUC